AUGGCUUCUUCAACCACAACUACUGGAUCUACCCUACCAGAUUCCUUUUUCCACUGGCAGGAGACACGACCCGGCGUCUGGGAACGCCAUCUGGACGAAUGUGAAAAGUUCUAUGUAUUGACCGCAAGGGCCGGGUCUGGCACAUCAUCAUCACCAUCAUCUACUUGCUUUCCCAUCACUGGCUGUGCUGUCUUCACCACCACCACAGAUGCACAAGAUCAAGAUCGCGUCUUGACUGCUCUGCGGAAGGCUUGGACCAGUCUUCGCAUGCAACACCCUACACUGGGCUCCCGUAUCGUGCACGACGACCACAGCAACGAAUGGAAGAGGGUAUAUCAUUCAGCCUGGCAUGAGGGCAGUGACCUCGAGAAGUGGUUACACUCAACGUUCAAGGUCAUCGACACCGUCAUCGAUCCUCUUGGAUGGCUCAACAACGAGACCCCUCCUUUCGAAGUUCCCACUAUAUUUGUCGUCAGAUCUGUCCAGCAACAAUCCGUCGUUUUCCUUUGUUGCCCCCAUGAUCUUACAGACGGAGUGGGCAUCCUUCAGCUGAUCAACCAGCUCUUUCAAUACGCUGGUGUGAUUUAUGGGCAGCAGGGCGGAGUGCAUGGGCUCCCGGACUAUGUGUCUGGUGCGUCUGAGCCAUGGAGGCUAUCUCCAUGCCUGAGGAUUGCCGCUGCGAUCCCUGACUCACUGCCAGAGACCAUGUUGAAGCGCUUCGAUGAGAUCCAAAGGGACAAUAGGAAGAUCUACUCCCAUCCAGGCAUCCUCGGGCUUCCAGGGUGCUCUGCCGCUGGUGACGCAAUCCAGGAGAGGAAUGUGCAGCGCGUCUCGGCGCCUCUGUCCAAGGCCGUCACAGAACAACUGCUGCGCAACUGCAAGAAGGUUGCGCCAGGCCUGAGUGUGACACAUGUGGUCAUGGCGGCUGUGGCCAAGGCCCUCGCAGACCUGCAACCAUACAGAGAAGAGCCAUAUACCGUCCGCUUCGUCAACCAGAGCAUGAUCAACCUUCGUCCAUAUUGCAGCCGUCCCUAUAACAGCCCUGACCACUCGGCCGCUGCCUACCACACUGUCUCCGCCCAGGCGCUGUACAUAGACCUGGUGGUCCCCAGCAAGUCAGCAGAGGUUAGCAGCAUGGAGAACAAGAGGGACGACGAACUGCAUCGGAUAGCGAUCCAGGUUCGGGACUUCUACACAGCCGUUCGGCCUCGUCCGGACGCUUCAAAAAACACAGACGUUCACGAACAGGUUGCCAUGGCCCCCAUGGUCUUCAAGACUUUCACACCAAAGGAGGAGGCCAGCAGCAGCAGCAGCAGCAGCAGCAGCCAGCCUUCGGGCGCCCGUGUGAGACCCGCCUUCUGUCCUGUCACACUAUCCUCCAUAGGCAACGUGGACUCGAUGGUUUCGGGCACACAUGGCCCCUUCGAGCUCACGAAUGUCUGGGCUGCCAGCAUCCCGCCCCCAGCUGGCCUGGCAAUUUUUCUCUCGACCUGGAGCGGAAAGGCGGAGCUCGCUGGUGUAUUCGACACGCAGUUUCACGAACCGGCCUACAUCGAGAACUUUCUUGGGCGCGUAUGGAGUUGUGCUCUGACCGGACUGGAGGUUUGGCAGCAGUGA